AUGCUGCCACGCGUCGGAACUCAGCUGCCCGUGGGCCACAGGACGCGAGUGACACGCGGGAGGGGGCCAGCGCCAGGAACCAUGCAUCUCUUGCUCAGAUUAACCGUUUUCUUCUGCGCGUGGGGCAUUUUCACCGCCCAGGGACAAAAGGAAGAGGGGCGCACGGAGGAGGUAAAAAUAGAAGUUGUGCAUCGUCCAGAAAACUGUUCUAAGACCAGCAAGAAGGGAGACCUACUAAAUGCCCAUUAUGACGGCUACCUGGCCCAAGAUGGCACGAAAUUCUACUGCAGCCGGACACAACAUGAAGGCCACCCCAAAUGGUUUGUUCUUGGUGUUGGGCAAGUCAUAAAAGGCCUAGACAUUGCUAUGAUGGAUAUGUGCCCUGGAGAGAAGCGAAAAGUGAUAAUACCCCCUUCGUUUGCAUAUGGAAAGGAAGGCUAUGAAGGCAAGAUUCCACCUGAUGCAACAUUGAUUUUUGAGAUUGAACUUUAUGCUGUGACCAAAGGACCACGAAGUAUUGAAACCUUUAAGCAGAUAGACACAGACAAUGACAGGCAACUCUCCAAGGCUGAGAUAGAUCAGUACCUGAAAAAGGACUUUGAAAAAGAUGAUAAGCCACAUGACAAGUCAUAUCAGAAUGCAGUUCUAGAAGAUAUUUUUAAGAAGAAUGACCAUGAUGGUGAUGGCUUCAUUUCUCCCAAGGAAUACAAUGUAUAUCAACAUGAUGAACUAUAG